GUCAUGGAUGUAUCCCGUUUAAAUGUCCGUCGCAUGUCAUGAAAUUUAAACAGGUUUGAGCGGGUUUUUGUUAACGAGGCAAGCGGGGGAAAGUUGACAAUUCUGCCAACUGACAUGCGUUUCCACAUUGUUAUCGCAGCUGUGUUUUGUUGUGGUUUCGCAGACUCGCGGAAAAUAAGAGGGAUAUCCUCGUCGUACAAACGCUUCUACAGAGAGAGGAAAUCCUUCCUGUGUAUCGAUGGCUCCAAAAUCAUCCCGUUUGAGCAGGUGAACGAUGACUACUGCGACUGUGAUGAUGGCUCUGAUGAACCAGGAACGUCAGCCUGUCCUCGUGGCCGAUUCUACUGCACCAAUCUGGGUUUUCGACCACACUACAUACCCUCAUCUCGAGUCAAUGAUGGCAUCUGUGAUUGCUGCGAUGCCUCAGAUGAAUACAACAGCCAUGCUCACUGCCAGAACACUUGCUGGAAUCUGGGACAGAGAGAGAGAGCGUAUGUGGAGGGCCAGAUGAGGACCUUGGACGAGGGUUUGCAACUCAAGCAGCAACUGAUUGAGGAAGGAGUGCUGCUCUGGAGGGAGAAGCAGGCCCAACUCAGAGAGCUUCAGCAGGCAGCCGAGGACCUCCAGAUCAAACUUGAGGAACACAGGCGGAAGAAAAAUGAGGCAGAGCAAACAUUAAAGGCACUGGAAGCGGGCGACAGUGGUCUCAGACAUCACAACAACACCAUAACCAGCAUGUUCCAGUUACUGGACAGCAAUAAAGAUGCCAGAAUAACAGUGGAUGAACUUCAGGCAAAAGUGACAGUCAUCCAUGAUGAGGGGCGGCUUCUCUCUGAGGAUGAAGCAGUGGCUUUGUUGGGAGGAGCCCAUCAGAUGGAUCUCACGAAGUUUCGACACACACUUUGGGACAUCCUGACAAAAGGAGACAGUGUCAAGAUCAAAGACACACAUGGCUCAGAAGACAGUACUGUAGGUGAGGAUUCUCAUUUAAAGGCUGCUGACAGAGCUGCAAAGUGGGAGGCUACCAAUCUGAAGAAAGUAGAAGAAGCCUAUGAUACAGUCAACAUGGAAAUAAGUGAUCUGCAGAAGAAGCUGGCCAUCGACUAUGGAACAGAUUGGGAGUUUCUGUUUUUGAACAGCCAGUGUUACAAGCUGAAAGUAUAUGAGUACACUUAUACCCUGUGCCCCUUCAAUCAAGUCACACAAGAGAACACUGCAGGAACACAGGUCUCAUUAGGGAUGUGGGGGAUGUGGGCAGGAGCACCGAAGAACCAUUACAGUCAGAUGGUGUAUGAAAAUGGAGAGCCCUGCUGGCAAGGAGGAUCACGCAGUGCCACAGUCACACUGACAUGCGGAACAGAGACAGCCUUGCGAUCGGUGAAGGAGCCCAGCAAAUGCCAGUACAUCAUGGACUUUCAGACUCCUGUGGCCUGUCAGCCAGUGCUAAAGCAACGGGGCAUACACAGUGAACUGUGACCCCUCCCUCAACUGGCCUAGCCUAGAUUAACCUAGCUGCCCCCAACCGUUCCCCAAACGUCUACCCUGCGAUGACAGGCUAGGGUCCUGAGGGUCCCCUCUGACAUCUGUUACCAGAACAUUUACUUCCAACAAAGUCUUGCUAAGGUCAUAAUGUGAUUUUUAGUAACUCUGUUCUUCCACUUUAGUUUUCAUUGUGACAAUGCAGCUUUAUUUCUACUAUGUCUUAGUAUUGAAAGGCUGCAUGAGUUAGUGAAGGUAUAUAUAUAUAUAUAUAUAUAUAUAUAUAUAUAUAUAAGGGUUUAAUUCUCAGCAAUAUGACCAUACAAUUAUUAUGUAUUUAUUGAAUACAUAGAAUCCAACUGUAACAGAUCAGUUGCAUUGUAAUCUGCCAUUAUCACUUUAAGUGAUUGCUGUGUCAAGUUGAUGUUUUUUAUAAGCACAAAUGGAAGAACUGCAGACUUGUACUUUAUUAUAGUGGAUACUCUUGUCUGUUGAUAUUCAGUAUGUUUCUAUUGCCAAUACAUCAAUGAAGAAGAAAAAAAACUUAAACCAACAAUGAUUUGAUCAUCUAUUAUUAUAAAUACACAGAAUCAUGCAUUUUGUCAAAGUUAUCUACUAAGUUUCUUGUUCUUUCAUUAUGAUAAACAUUAGGGCUGUGUUGACCUCCUCCCUGCAGCUGUAAAUACUAAACAACAUUAAAUGAUUACAAAUAUGCAGCUGAUAAUAGUCCCCAGCAAAUGGUUCAUAUUUGCCAAAAACCACAAUAUCCAGCUGUUUUGGGAAAUGAUCUGGCCCCAUUUUAAAAUGUAACAUGUGUCAUAUUUGUGACCUGUUUUUAAAGGUUUACAUCUUGAGCAGGAACCAGUGGGCCUGGGACUACACAGUGCUACAGACUGAGUAAGAACGCCACACCACACUGUAGGAGAAAAGAGAAGCAUUGUUGGUUUAGUUUUUUUUCUUUUUUAUCUGUUUUUAAAUAUAGGAUAAUUUAAGCUCAGCAUUGUCCUUUACAUACUGUUUCCCCUGCAGCCCUUAAAGCUGGGUUAGGCAGUGUAAUGUAAAUGGAUUGAUCUGAAAACUGAUGUAGUCGUUUGCCGCUCAUCUAUCCUCUGUUUCAAGCCUUUGGGAAAUCUGGCCCACAAGAGGAGACAUUGACCAAUCCCAGCUCAGUUAUUGUACCAAGAAGCUGUCUGUAUACUGCCCUCCACUGCAAAGCUGCCUAAAAAAAACUGUUUGACAAUAGAUGCAAUAAAGAGACAUCAAUAUCAGCAGAGCUUUUCAGAGGUGAGACAUUCCCUCGGGGUCAUACAGUAUUUUAUGUAUGAAGCACAUGUCUGUCCACACUCAUCUGGUGAGAGUCCCAAAAAUGUUUGAAGUAAAAUGUAUUAUUUUGACAACUUGAUGAUGAGACUGAGUGAACUAUUUUUCUAUUCAUCCUGCCGACCGCAGCUUUACGGCUUAACAAUACAACUGUAUGUACUGUAGAUAGUCAAAGAAAUAAAAUGACAUUUCUGCAAGUGUAA